GUGGCACAACAAUGCGGACGACCGACUCACGCGCAAGCUCAUGAUGCUGCGGCUGCGGAGACUGCACCCGGUGCUCGCAGGGACCAAGUGCACCGCCAGCGCCGCAAGCAACGGCAGCUCCGUCGCGGUGCCCUCGCUCGUGCAGCGGCUCGAGUGGAUGCUCUACAACGCCGCCCACUCGAUGCAUGAGUACACACACGAGCAGUCCCUGGAGCGCCGAGUGCAGGCGCUCGUCACGCAGCUCGAGCCCAAGGUCGUCACCGAGCAGAAGCAGCAGCAGGGCAGCAAACGAGGUCGGGAUGUCCGUAUCACCAAGGGUGACAAGAAGCGCCAGCGGAUACAGGACACCAGCAGGUCUCUACGCGACAGAAGCGUCUUUAUGCUGGAGAACGACGACAACCUCGUGGGGCUCGUGCUGAGCUUCCUGUCCGGCCGAACCGUGCUCCAGCUUCGCUCCGUGAACCGGUUCCUGGCCGAAAACGCGCCCAAGAUGGUGAGUACGCUGCAUCUCGAAACGCACUCGCCAGCUCUGCAGCAUUUCUCGAGCGGAACACUGACGGCCUUGCUGCUCCGCUGCAGCAAGCUCACCAGCCUCGUGGUGACGAGCAAGCUGCGGGAUUACGAUGUCUGCGUCGAGGUAGACGAGCCCGUCAGACGGACCACGCGGACCAUGGUGCAUCGUCGACCCUCGUUCAGCCGUCCAACUCAUCGGUACGGUACCAAACCCGCCAACCGAGUCGUGGCAGGCGAGCUCUUGCUGCGAGACAUCACGCAGGCAUUCGAGCAGGGCGCGUGCCCGGAGCUGGAGGAGCUGGACCUCGGCUCGCCGCUCGACUACUUCGCCGAGAGCGACGACGUGCUGAGAUGCCUGGAGGCCUUCGCGACAGGGAAGCCAACUCGAAGAGGAGCGGUCGAUGGCGCCGGGCCGCUCCAGUACCUGCGCCUCGACUCGACCUACCUGGGCGACGCACGCCUGAGCCGCCUGGCGGGUGUCUUCGAGCAGGUUGCAGACCGCUCGCGCCGCUGCGUCAAUUGCUUCGGCUCGUUGAAGACGCUGGUGCUCCGCAACAACUUCAUCGGCGAGGCCGGCUGCCAGGCGCUGCUGCGCAUGCUGCAGUGUUUACCAGCGCUGCGCGUGCUGGACGUGAGCGGCAACAUCCUCACCGAUUUGGACGCACUCGCGCUCGCAGACUGGAUAUCGAGCCGCGCAGAGCAAUUGCUUAAGGCGCCGGGUAAUCCCAUCGCGCUGGGCUGCGAGGCCGAGUCUCCCGCCGUCCAGCUGCGCACGCUGCUGCUGCAGGACAACUUCAUCGGCCAGGAGGGGCUUGAGGCGCUUUCCACGGCGCUCAACGCGCGAUUGAUCCCGUCGUGAGGCCGCGUGUAGCAUACCGGUACAGUACUGUAGGCACUGUAUUCGACAGCCAGUAGCCGAGUGUAAAGAGACCGUCAACACGAUGCCAGUGCAGCAACGAUCGCAACGUUCGUGGGCUUGACAACAGUGGGAUGCUAGCCGCGAUUGGCGAGAAAAACGCACGGUAUGCGAAGCUCCCCUGCUAAAUGCGAUUGCGCUGCAUCGACUUCAACAGGGCAUAUAGCUACACGGUAUCGAUAGGCAGUGGUUUAGAUAGACUGGGAAAUAUCUCUGUGUAUUCGAUUCCAGAGAUACACAAAUCCAAAUGGAAAAUAUCCAGUAGAACAUUUUACUCAACAUUUUACUUUAUUCUUUUUUGCCGCUCUUCAGCACACUUUUUCAGCUGAAUUCCUCCGUUUGCGGACGGUGCUUAUGCCUCGGGCACCGGCGACUGAUUAAAGUCGAUUGCGGCUAGGAAUCAGAGAAACGCGGUGUCAAAUGUCUCCCAGUCAAAUCCCGAGGCACUGAAUGUGCCUCCGCUCCAGUGGAAUCCUGCGACGAGGAGAUCGCGUGGUGGUCCACCCACGUGCUUGCGAUACUGUACAACUCUUCGGCUCGAUCGGAGUGGCGGAUGAAUACGCGCUCGGUUUGGGCCUGUUGAUACAGUGACAUUCUCUGGCACCUUUACCUUCAUGCAAACCACGAGGAGCAGGAUAUCCUGUUAUUGUUGUAAGACUGUAAUCUAGUGAUAACUCACUGCUGCCACCCGCCCUUUUGAGAGGAGUCCAACCAGCAGAGGUGCGAGAUAUCUCGGCGUCCCGGAGGAUUCUGAAACGUUGGCGAAAAUCUACGCUGUCGAUUCGGAGAGAGCGCGAACGGUGCUGGUUUAUCAGCUCACUCACCACCGAUGCCCAAAAUUUAAUCACGAGAAAGUAUCUUCAGAAGUACCAUGGCACCGGAGCCAGCCAUUGCUCGAACUGUUAUGUCUGUUGUCCUCGGAGCGAAGCCAUUGCAGCACAUGGGUACCAACCAGGAGCGGACAAAUUUGCCGAAGCCAUCUCUUCUGAUGCAGGCGGCACUGGCUGGUAGCCGCCAGCAGGCGAAGCUAGGCAAGCUGCUUGGAAAAGGACUGCUGCUGACUCAAAGCAGGCGCUCUUGCGCUUCAGAAGACACGUCUAGCAUGAUUAUCUCUCUUUAUCCUGAUACAGUACUUUGAUGAUGGUUACACCGUGGAAAAUAGAUGAAAUAUCAACAGUAUGAAAAAAUAUGGAUAAGAGUUUAAUAUUGCCUCUUCUAUCAAAAGUAUCUUCUUACCUGCUCCAAGUGAUCCCUCUCUAUUGCGGUAACCGUCGCUAACUCGAAAAAAUGCACUAAUCGCACCAUCGUCUGGUUUCUUUUACCCGGUCCGUAUUCCAGUCCACACCUUCUACGAGCCCGAGCCCGUCAACUUCAAAAGUGGGCUCCCCCUAAUACGAGAGCCAAAAGUCGCACAAAAUGGGCUGCCUCAUGGUAAGUACGAGAUCAAGGAGCCAUGGUUCGGGCUCCCCAUUGGCUCCCCUCCAGGGCUCCCCAAAUUUAGCUUCAAAUUUAUGAUGGGCUCUUCAUAGUAAUAUCUGAUUGGCCAAUUUUACCUAGACUUAAGGCGAGCAACUUCGCGUGAUCGAUGCGCCACGCUAGAAGAUCGAGCUCAAAGAUCACCACACUAGAAGAUCUCGCGCCGCUCAUAUGUGUACAGCCGCUCCGAGGCCACCCCAGCGUCGCCGAUCGUCCUUCCUUCCCCUCAAGGAGAAGCCCUCUUUCCUAUGCCUUUUCAGGCUAGAACCUGGAGAUACUUCAAUGACGGCCAAUCAUCAGCGAGAUAUUUAACACAGGUGAGGGGGGGAGCCUAACGAGGGCUCACAGUUCUGGAGGGCUCCUUUCACUUAACCUAUUGAACUCAAGAGCCCAGGAGGCCGCGACUUUUUGGGUUCACCCAAGAGCCCAGGAGCCCGGCUCUCCCCAGGGCUCGUAGAAGUGUGUUCCAGUCCACAUCAUCAUCCGCGUCAACCGCGACUUUGACUCCCGAGCUCUCGUGCCCUCGGACCAUUUCGCAACCAGCCGACCCCGGCGCAAGUCCCGACUGGAUCCACGCCCAACUCGACCGCAUCAAUGCAAUAACCGCCACCUCUCUGUGCCCAUGGUCUCCGCUCCGUCCGAGGCUUCCGUCUUCACCACGACCCCCGCGUGGCACGACCCGACCGACGUGCAGGUCCGCAAGCUCAUGAUGGCGCGACUGCGCAACCACCCGGCGCUGGCGCUGCACCACCCGAUCCUGCAGGCGCGCGAGGACACGGGCGCGAGUCCGUCGCUGCUGCAGCGCCUCGAGUGGAUGCUCUACCAUUCGGCCGGGUCGCUGGCCGAGUACCUGCACCAGCAGUCGCUCGAGCGCCGCGUGCAGGGCCUCGUGACCCACUACAAGCGCAAGCGCGCGCAGACCGACCCCAGCGAGGAGGUCAUGGCGGCCAUCCGCGCCUCCGCCGCCAAGCGCCAGCGCCCCGCGCGGCUCUCGAUCUCGGAGGACGAGAUCCGCAACUGCAGCGUCGGCGCCCGAGGCUGCGUGCUCAAUAGCAACUUGGACCUGCUGCACCAGGUCUGCAG